UAUCUUCCUAGCAGUGAUGUACAGUUAUCCAGGAGACCUCUAGGCGGACAAUAUUUUUGUGAUGACGUCGAAAAACAUAACAUGCUAGUUUGCGUCUCCACUGUACAAUCGAUACUGUAGACGUAUUAUCGACAAGAAACUGCAAUUACAAAAAGUUUAAAGAAGUAACCUGGUAGUCAGUGUAAAGAAGACCAAGCCCAGCAAGCCGAAGCUGACAGCAGUGCUGCUCCCUUCUGAGUCAUGCACUGAAGCAAAACAAAUCUGCCCGCUGCAGCAAAGCUAACAAGACUUCGAACACGCGAGUUCAUGUUCAUUUGAUCUUCCUUCUAGGGUUCCCUUAAUACCCAUCUACCUCUGAAUUUUUACUGCUUUAUCACUGCAUUGCUGCCAGUCUCAUUGCUUAAAAGCCAUGGCUGCUAACAGGAACGCUUUGGCCCUUCACAAAGUGAUAAUGGUAGGCAGUGGCGGCGUGGGCAAGUCAGCAUUAACACUGCAAUUCAUGUAUGAUGAGUUUGUGGAAGACUAUGAGCCCACUAAAGCUGACAGCUACAGAAAAAAGGUGGUUCUGGAUGGAGAAGAGGUCCAAAUCGACAUCCUCGACACGGCAGGACAGGAGGACUACGCUGCCAUUCGGGACAACUACUUCCGUAGCGGAGAGGGAUUUCUUUGCGUGUUCUCCAUUACAGAAUCUGAAUCCUUUGCUGCAACUGCUGAUUUCAGAGAACAGAUCCUUCGGGUGAAGGAGGAAGAGAACGUACCUUUCCUGCUGGUGGGAAAUAAGUCAGACUUGGAGGACCGACGGCAAGUCGGGGUGGAGGAGGCCAAGGCCAGAGCAGAGCAGUGGGCAGUCAGCUAUGUCGAGACUUCUGCCAAAACCCGUGCCAACGUAGAUAAGGUGUUUUUUGAUCUCAUGCGUGAGAUCAGAGCCAGAAAAAUGGAAGAUGGCAAAGAGAAAAAUGGAAAAAAGAAGAGGAAAAGUUUGGCAAAGAGAAUUCGAGAAAGAUGUUGCAUUUUAUAACAACUAAGUCGCACUAUAAUGCUAACAUCUCUUCUCUACCCUUCUACUGCUUCCAAAAAAAAAAAAUCACUUUCAUCACUCUCCAGUCAACUGCUGGAGAUCAUCUCGUAAAAACACAUCUAGUCUACGGUCUGUGUCUGGUUGUUCUCAUUGUCGUUUCUCAAUGGGUAUAAGAGGACAGAAUAUCAGAUAUGCAUUAAAAUGACAAAUGGUGUCAAAGGUCUGACAUAUCAGAUAAGAACAUUUCUCAGCUCAAGCACACCAUAACAGACUAUAAUGAUUUUAACUUAUAACUAGAUUGUUCACUUUAGUUGCUUUUAGUUGAAUGCGAGUACAUUGAGUGCUGAACACUAACACGGUAGGGAAAAUAAUACUACUCCAAGCUAUUUGUUACUGAGUUCACGGUGUUUUGAGGAUUUAAACCUCCUGUUCUGUUUUACUUCCCAAAGUAAAGCCUUAAUGUUAGAGUAUACAAAAAUGGGUGUUAAGUUGCAUGAAUGCUUUUAGAAAAUUGCAGCUAUAUAUCUUUGCCUAACAUAGGCAUUGCUAAAUACUUCCUAAGACAAUGUGCACAUGAUUAGAAACUAGAUAGGAAUUUAAUUGGCUGUUUUGCCAAAAACCUUUGUUUGAAUUCAAACACUCUAAAGCGUAAAAGUUUUGCAUUUCAGAACAUUUGGCACUGUCCUUUAUUUACUUUUAAUAUCCUAAGUCCAAUAGUGCAUCAAAUACGUGUUUAAAAUAUGUGAUUUAACAUACACCAAGCUCUCCUUAAACACAUACAUAAAAUAUUUGUAGUCAAAAGGGCUUAUUCACUCAUCCCUGUUGCGUGGCACCAGAUUCAGAGGUUUGAUUUGUGCUAUCUACGGGUCCCAAAUAACGCAUGAAUUAUGCUAUUUAGAAAUGAGAGCGUUACCUAGCUUGAAUCAACUUUACUGUGAAAACGGGUUGGAAUGUUUUAUAACACAGACUGAUUUGUGUACUUUAUUAGAACUUAUAUGCAAUUUAAAUUUUCUUGCAACUUGUAUCCUGUGUAAUUAUAUUUUCUAUUGUAAAUUUUAGUUAUUUUGAGGGUAAGAGAAUAUUGCGAAAUCAUACUCGCUCAUACUAAAACUAAGACACUCUAAAAGGGCUGGACAUAAUCUGCAUUUCAGACACCUGGUCCAGGUGGCUACUCUGCAGAUAUGAGUAAAAGAAAACCGUCACCCAUUGAUGAAUGGUUUUGAAUAAGCACAUCCAUGUGUAAAUAAAUGUGAGGUUGACAAUUUAUUUCCAUAUAAUUCUGGCAUCUACCAAAUAUUUUUCUUUUGCAGCUAAAACUGCUUCUUUUAAAUGUUAAUUAACUCUGCCACUGUCUUUACCCAAAUCUAUGUGUGCACUGUGGCUUUUGCAAAUUUUUUGUUCCCUCAGUUCUGUUUGUGUGGCAAGUGUGCCAUGGGGCAAUGAUGCUGACAUAUCAAUGGCGGAUGCCUCAAGAAACCCUUCAUUACUUUAAAGAGUGACUGACUUUGAGUGCUAAAUGUUUACAAUACAAGACGUUUUAAUAUAA